GUACUGAGAGAGAGAGAGAGAGGAGGGAGGGAGAUAGGGAAAAGGAGAGAGGCAGAAACAGCGAGAGAAGCACCCCGGCCAGAGAGGGAGCUGGCUUUUCUGGUGGCCUUGCAUAACACACGUCGGAGCAGCCUUCCACGCGGGACUCUGUGUAAGCCUCGCCAGCGGAAGGGAACUUCCCCCACCGGCGGCCCGCCGAGGGCGCAGCGCAGCCUGCGGACCCGGAGAGAGAGAGAGAGAGUGCGGAGAGGAGGGCAUAGCCGGAGCAGCCCAGGCUCCGGGAGAGGGGGGAGAAAGAGAGAGAGAGAGAGAGAGAGACGCACAAAGGAGAGAUCCAGGAAGAGGACUCCUAGGAAACACGUCUCCAACACACACACACACACACACUCAGGAGGAAUCCUUGGACAUGCUCUGCAAGCAGUGGCUGUGGAGAAACUGAUUCCUGCCGGCAUUGUGGGGGAGGUGGACCGGUCAGAGAUGAUUCCUCAUGAAGUCUACGGAGCUCAUUUUGUGAGCUGGAAGGACUCCAGCUUCUCCGGUCUGAGACCUGGAGCCGUCUACCAGUGAACACCAGGGGCCACACCGUGAGGCACAACAUUGCACUUAACCAGUGGAGCGGAGGAGGUGAAACAAAGAAACACCUAGAACAACUAAAGAUCACCAACUGGGUAUAUUAACCCCACAUUGGACACAAUGAAAUCCAACCAGGAGCGAAGUAAUGGAUGUCUGCCGCCGAAGAAGCGUGAGAUCCUGGCUCUGGAGCAGAGGCCAGUGGUCGUGGCCACGGCAACACCUCCAGCUGCCUUGGUUGCCGAUAGUCCACACACGGAGAACCUGGCGUGGCUCGCAAGUGUCGCCAGUGAGCGCUGCAGAUUCAGGGACGCGGAGAGCCCGAGAUGUCCCACCGCCUCCUCCACCUCCUGUUCCACACCCUCCACUUCCAUAUCCUACUCGGCCACCCCUCUGUCUGCGAUGCCCCUGGCCUCGCCGCCCGCAGUUUACCCCGCGGCCCUCCACCAGCAGGCCGGGACCAUACAGUUUGCUCAGCUGGGACCCAACGUUCAGUUCAUCAGCUCCGGGCCCUACGCCGGCUACAUCUCCUCACACAUCAUCGCCGCCAACGCUGGCUCCGCACCCAACAGCUCUGCCGUAGCGCAGCGCCCCCAGCUGGACGGCUACACCACCGCCCUCGUCUCCCCCAGCGCCAAAGGGGAGCAGCAGUUCCAAAUAGGCCUAUCUCCCACAGAGCUGACUCCCGUGUCGCUUGCUGGCUCUCCCCACGUCACGGGCCAGUACAUUCACCUGGACAACAGGACGCCUCUGGCUGUAAGCGGGAACGCCAUCGCUUCGCCCGCGGCCCACCUCCAGCUCCACCCCCACGCGGCCGUCCUCCCUCAAACGCUCACCAUCGCCCCCUCCCAGCUUCUGGUGCAGUACGCGGAUGGUUCGAUUGGUAAGAAACCAGAGGGGCAUGCUAAGGGGGUGCUGAAUGGGGAAUCAGAGGUGGUCAAACAUACUAAAUCUCUCCAUCAUCAAUUGAGCCAUCAGCAGGUCCAGAGCUAUGAGGCCAGACAUAUCCUCCUGCCUGCGGACUACGGCCAGAACCCCUCAGGACUCCAGACCUCCUUGGUGCUGUUGGCCCAGCCCAACCACGGAGCCGAGCGUGAAACUGCCCCAAAUAAGUUCUCCUUUGUCCAGACUGAGAAAGGAGGCAUCUGUUUGGGGAAACCGGUGUCCAGAUCGUCCUCCUUCACGUCGCUCUCUUCCUCCGAUGUGGUUAAGUCUGUUGCUCCUCACACUGUCAUCCAGACCUCUCUACCCCACGAGGAGCUGCCAAGCAGUCUCUACUCCUCCACACAGCCACCCAUCAUUGGCUACAUCACCAGUACCAAUCAGCACGCCGUCAGCUACCACGCGGCCCUGCCUCAGCACCUGGUCAUCCCCAGUGGCCAGUCCCUCCUCAUUCCAGUCAGUGGCACUAAUAACGGCAGAGAAUUUGAGGUCAGUCGCGCCGUCAGCGCCCCGAGCGCCACGAACGCCACGACUAGCCCUCAAAUAUCCACCGCCAUGCCACAUGCCUAUCUGGCGACCGCCCUGUCCAAGUGCGAGGCGCUCGGGCUGGAUGGAAAUCAGCCGCCCCCCGCUGUCGCCCAGGCACCAGCGGUGCCUGUCCAGGCCUCAAACCCGGCCCCGGCGGCGGUGGCAGCUCCCUCGCCGACUCCCGCUCCGGUCCCCAGUCCCACCCCGGCUUCCGUCCAAGCCUCCCACUCCAUCUCCUCGUCCCCUGUUUCGCUUCCCCCGUUCUUCAUGCGAGGCUCCAUCAUCCAGCUGGCCGACGGAGAGCUGAAGCGCGUGGAGGACUUGAAGACGGAGGACUUCAUUCAGAGUGCCGAGAUUAGCAGCGAGCUGAAGAUUGAUUCCAGCACUGUUGAGCGCAUCGAUAGUGGACAGAGUCCCAAUGCUGUGGUCAUACAGUUUUCUGUGGGGGAGCUCAAAGCCCAGGUGUGUGUGGAGGUGCUGGUGGAGUAUCCCUUCUUUGUAUUUGGCCAGGGCUGGUCAUCCUGCUGCCCAGACAGGACCACCCAGCUGUUUGAGCUGUCCUGUGCCAAGCUGUGUGUCGGCGACGUGUGCGUGUCGCUGACCCUCCGCGGCAUGAGGACCACUUCAGUGACGGACAGCCAGUUUUUGGAGACCAAGCUGAAGACCGGUCACUUCUCUGACUCCUGUCACACUGUGGAUGCUACCGUCAAAAUCAGCAGUGGUCCAAAUGGUGCAGGCAGAAAGAGUGGGCUCCUCAUGAAGGCUUCCAGCGCAGACAGGCUGGAGAGGGAGCAGCUUACUGUACCAGGACCCGGACUAGAGCCACCACCGGGAUUGGGACUAGUUCUGGGACCAGGAGAGAGGAUCUACGGAGCUGGACCAAUACUAGCCGUCUCUGGGACUGUAGAAGUGAGACAGGGAUCGGUGAAAACGGACAUGCCUGCUAUCACCAAACUACAGUGCGGUGAUCCGGACAGACCCGCCGUCCGCAAGAGACGCUGGUCCGCUCCAGAGCGGGACCAGACUGAACGAGCGGAGGAGGAGCCUCCUCUGACUCUGCCCAAACCGUCCUUCAUCACUCAGGAGGUUAAAAUCAGCAUAGAGGGCCACUCCACUGUAGGGAGUGGAAGGUCCUUGAAUAAAAGAAUAGACUGUUGAGAGAACUUACUGAUUACCCGUGGUUUGCUUUGUGUUUAUUCCCUCUCUUUCCAGACUACUGUAAUAUAGGCUGAGUUUGAACAGUAUUUACAUGUUUACUUUUCUUUCACACAAGUCCGAUACCGACAAUGAAGUACAGUAGAGCACCUUCAAAAGUGGUAUCAAAACACGAGAUCAGUGCAAUCAUUGCUUGAAGCAAAACUGAAUGCAGCGUGAAUGUGGAGCAUGAAUGGAAGUCAGACACCCAGGGGACUUUUGACUCGCAUCGUGAGACAAUUCUCAUUUGUCACGUGGCAGGCGACCAUUCCUCUUAUCACAAACACAGACCGAUGUCAGUGUGCACAAAGGUGGGUGUCCACAUUUUGAUUAUCCACCAGUUUGUUUCAGUGAUUAGUUCUAAAGUCAGCAAACCCAUCAACAUCAAGAGAGACCGUGUCUCAAUGACAAAGCUCAACCACCACGGCUGUGCUCUCUGCUGCCUUGUGUUUCUGAUGAAGUUUUAUUUUAUUCUAGUCUAUUCAUUUCCAUGGUAUUGCAGAUGUGUGCGCUGCAGGUAUCUUCAGCCCCUUUUCUCUAUGUGUGAGUGUGUGUGUGUGUGUGUUGGUUUGUUUGUGGCUAUCAGGUGGAGCACAUAAUUAGGUUGUGUGUAUGUGGCUGUAGCUGUUAGCUUAGUUUUCAAUACAACCUGCAAAUAUCAAGACUGAAAAGGCCUGAAUGUAAGUUACUGAUUUAGUCCUCAAUCAAUCAUUUGAUAGCAUUGCUUUGCAAAGUGUGGGAGACGGCAGUUGCACAUGGAUUCAUUUCUCUCUCACGCUCUGUACCUUCAUAGUUCAGAAGUCUCAUAAUUCCUUCCAAAGACAGCCUGUGUCACUUGUUAAUAUCUAUUUUUAACCCUGAUAAUUUGCAGCACUUCAAAUCUGUACACACUAACCAGACACAACACUGACAUAUUAUACCAUCUAAAUUUGAUUUGGCAAAUGUACUAAACAAUUGAGCAGUUAUACAUUCAGCCACACAGAUCAGCUUUCAUUUAACGUCAUCUUUCAGUCCGUCUGAUGUAUAUUGAAUAUUAGUCCGGUUCACCCUACUUGCUGCGUUGUUUUGGUCUCAACCAGUUCCUCAGGGAGAUCUCUGACCCUUGAGUUGACAAAUUGUCCAUCCUGGUGUUCAGCUACUUUAUAGAUUUGCUUUGAAUUAAUUUAAAUGCGCCGUUCACUGAAAAACAACUACCUCUUGCACCUCAAAUCAACCCUGGUGAGCGAACAUUAAGGAAGGUGCAGGACAUGAAAUCCAAACAUUGAGCUCAGAGGAGUCUGUUAAAAAUAGUCUCCCUUUACAUUACACACAAUAUGGCACGACAUUUACCCAUUGAGGGAAAAAUGAUAUCUCCCGUUUCUGUCAUCCUACCGAAUUGCUUUUUUUUUACAGAAACUAUGGCCUUAAGCAUACAUACAUACAGACACACCUAGUUCACAGCAUCACAUGUUGAUAAGAGUUUGACCAUUAAAACCUAUUUUCUGCAAUGAUGGCAUGGUUUUCUUAAAUCCAUACCUGAAUAUCCUACAGUUCAUACUCAGGAACAGUGUGCAUCUGUAAGUGUGUGUGUGUGUGCGCGUGUACUUGUGUGUGUUGGUCUGGGACAGAUUGUGUUUGUCCACAGUCAGUGUGUGUGUGUCCUGAGCAGCAGCACUUUGAUCAAGCAUCCAGCUCGAGUGAGGGUUUGUGGGCCUUUUUUCUCGGCUGUUAGACAUUGAGAAAAUAGUAAACUGACUGUUUUUCGUCCGUCCCACAGGUUUAACAUUGAGAGAAAACAUUAUAUACCAGAGCAGGGAAUGUAAACACACAUCGGCCAAACUAUCUCAACUUUAUUUUUGAUGACUGAUUGAAAGAGAGAGAGUUGUGGAGCCAGUGUGAGUUGAUCAUGUAUAGUAAAUUGUAUUCUAGAGAGUGUAUAGUGUGUGUGUGUGUCUAUAGUGUGUGUGUGUGUGUGCGUGUGUGUGUGUGCAUAGAUAUUCUAACCCUUUUGUUGCCUCUGUACUGUUUGUGCCACAGCGCCUCCUUCUUAAAUCAUUCCAUUAACUCAACAGUAUUAGAUGGUCCUGCUAUAGUUUCGGUCAGUGGAGGUAUUGAUCUAAUGUUUAUGAAUGUGCUACAGUUCUAUGGAAACAUUUAACAUUGGCCUUUUGGUAUUCAACUUUCACACCGUAAAAUGUAGUAAACUGCAAUUCAUAAGAAGAGCCAUUAGGUUUUAUUGUAAACCCAGUAACCAGACUGUUCUCUUCUGUUUGUGUUUGACUGCUCAGGCUUGACACUGCCCAGUGACUGUUCUUCACCAAAAUGAUCUCUUAUAUUCUUCACUGUUACAAUUUAGAGGAACUGUUUCAUCAGUUUGUCUUUGUCAUUUUCUUCUUCAAUAACCUGGCAUGCAUUUUUAAUU